AUCUAAUCAUAGUAACUUUCUCCAACUGAAUUUAACUAGAUCUACUUAUAUUAUAUCACCGGCAACUAUUUGACUUAAAAAUCACAUACAAGUUGCAAAUGCACCAAUUAAUAAUUUGAGUACAACUACACUCCCUCCCAAAUUCAACUAUCUCUAAAGUUUUCAAGUCAAACCAAAAACCUUCUAAUUUCAUCUUCCUCUAAAUCCAAAACAUGAUCUAACAAAACAAUCUCAACCAUGUCAACCCAACAAGAUCAAACCAAAAACCCAUUCAUAUCAAUCCUAACCCAACCAAUACAAUGGCUAACAAUGCUAACCCAUCAUCUCAACCCAUCUUUCAUAGCAGGAAUUUUCCUAAUAUACGGCAUAGGCCAAGGCUUCUCCGGUUCAUUCUUCAAACUCGUUUCAGAUUAUUACUGGAAAGACAUUCAAAAAAUACAACCUUCAACUGUUCAACUCUACGUUGGUAUUUACUUCAUACCAUGGAUUCUCAAACCCAUUUGGGGGAUUCUCACCGACGCUUUUCCGUUACUGGGUUACCGUCGCCGCCCUUAUUUUAUCCUCGCCGGAGUUGUUGGAUUGGUGUCGGCUUCUGUGGUUGCGGUGAAAGGAAACCUUGCUCCUGUGGCGGCGUUGAUGUGUUUUCUUGGUGUUUCUGCUAGUCUUGCUAUUGCGGAUGUUACUAUUGAUGCUUGUAUUGCAAGGAAUAGUAUUGAGGUUCCGGGUUUGGCUCCUGAUUUGCAGAGUUUGUGUGGCUUUUGUUCGGGCUCUGGUGCUCUUAUUGGGUAUCUUGUUAGUGGAUUCUUUGUUCAUCAUCUUGGUCCACAGGGGUCACUUGGUCUUAUGGCAAUUUUUCCUGCUUUGACAAUUGUACUGGGUUUUGUGAUCUAUGAAAAGAGAGCCAUUGGCUUGCAUACUGAAAAGAAGCAGGGAGCGAUGGAGAAUGCGGGAAUGACAAUUAGAAGCAUGUACAAAACAAUAAAGUAUCCUCAAGCGUGGAAGCCUUCUCUUUACAUGUUCCUUUCCCUUUCUCUUAAUGUAACCACUCAUGAAGGUCACUUUUACUGGUAUACUGAUUCAAAAGCCGGUCCUGCAUUCUCUCAGGAGUUUGUUGGAGUAAUCUAUGCAAUUGGAGCAGUGGCUUCAAUAAUAGGUGUUCUAAUCUACCACAAGUAUCUAAAAAACUACACAUUUAGAAACCUAGUAUUCUAUGCACAACUCCUAUACGCAAUAUCAGGCGUAUUGGACUUAAUCUUUGUUCUCCGUUGGAAUUUGAAAAUUGGAAUCCCUGACUACUUUUUUGUUGUCAUUGAAGAAACCGCUGUUAGAAUCACAGGCAAAAUAAGGUGGAUGCCAAUGAUGGUACUGAGUGCAAAACUAUGUCCUCUAGGAAUUGAAGGAACAUUUUUCGCUCUUUUAAUGUGUAUUGAUAGUGUUGGUGCACUUAUAUCCAAAUGGGGUGGAGGGUUACUUCUACGCGUCCUUCAUAUUACCAGAAGUGAUUUUAACAACCUAUGGUUGGCUGUUCUUAUAAGGGACAUUCUUAGAUUUGUUACACUUGUUUUGGUUUUUCUUGUUCCUAAUGUAGGACCUUAUGAAGGAUUGCUUCCUUCUGAUGGUUGUGAAAUGGAUAAAAGAGAUGGUAAUGUUGAUGAAGAGACCUUGGAGCUUGUUCCCAUCAACGCCAAAAUUGAAGUUUAGAGAAGUUUUGUCAUGUAACUAAUGUUAACCACUAUAUGCAUUUAGUUACAUGCAUAUACAUGGAUUUUUGUAUAAGAACAUUCUUGUAUAGAUUAUAUUGAUUAAUUACACGAAUGGUAUACACAAAAAUAAUUUGUUUUAGAUUUACUUUUUAAAUACAUACAAUUUACAAGUUUCUGGUUGUGCUUAUU